AUGACUGAGACCUGGUUGAGCAACGAUGAUCAAGACGUACAUAUCAUAUCGGAAGUUUGUCCAACUGGGUAUCAGUUGAUCAAUGUACCAAGAGGUUCAAGAGGUGGUGGUGUARCGCUCUUAUUCAAGAACUUGCUAAAGGUCCAGAGUCAGCCUACUAUUAGAAGAAAAUUCAAAUCUUUUGAAUUUACUGACCCGUUAGUAAGACAUUUGUCUACGAGUUUGAGAGUUAUUAUUGUAUACCGCCCACCUCCCACUAGCGUUAACCAAUCUUCUCUUACAUUGUUCUUUGAUGGAUUUCCUAUUCUUUUGGAGCAUCUGGCCAUUGCAUCGGGAUCCCUUCUCCUGGUUGGUGAUUUUAACCUCCACGUUGAUGAUGCCUGUGAUUCUAUAGCUGCGCGAUUUCUUCAUCUCCUGGAAUUGUUCAAUUUCAAACAACAUGUGACUGAAUCAACUCACAAGAACGGUAAUACUCUUGAUUUGAUCAUCACUAGGGCUGAUGAGUCGAGUAUUAGCAAUGUUAGAGUGGUUGAUCCUUGUAUUUCAGACCAUUAUGUAGUUGGAUGUACUAUUGCCUUAUCUAAGACCGCCUUUGAGAGAAAAGAGGUCCAUUAUCGCAAGUUAAAAUGUGUUGACAUACAACAAUUCCGUGAUGACAUUGCCAGUUCAUCUCUAGUUGAUUCUAGCAGUCAACAAGAUGUCACUUCAGCUGUGAUCUUCUAUAAUUCUGUCUUGACUGACAUACUUGAUGAGCAUGCACCUGUAAAGAAACGAGUCUUGACCCUACGCCCUAACGCUGCUUGGUAUACUGAAGAUAUACGAGAGGAGAAGAUCAAACGCAGAAAGCUUGAACGUCGCUGGAGAGCGUCUCUACUCACCGUGGAUCGCCAACUGUAUGUUGAUCAAUGCAAACAUGUCAACAAGUGUGUUCAUGAAGCUAAAAUGGCAUACUACUCUGGCGUUAUUUCUGACAAUCAAUCAGAUCCACAUAAAUUAUUUUCUACAGUUAWCAAAUUGUUACAUCGUAAUGAUUGUAUGCGUCUACCAACUUCAGACAAUGCUGCAUCUUUGGCAACURCAUUUGCUGACUACUUUACAGAAAAGAUAACUUUGAUAAAAGAUAGCCUUCACACAAAAAUAGCUGCGUUGAAUGAUGCUGAUUCUGUGCUUGAUAACAGUUAUCAUUGUGACUCUUGCUUUACUGAGUUUAAGCCUGUAUCAGCUCAAGAACUCUCUACUCUACUUGGUCCUUCUGGCCUUAAAUCCUGUUCUCUUGAUCCACUUCCUAGUUCGCUUCUGAAUAAGUGCAUUGACUUGUUGACUCCUUUCAUUACUAACAUUGUCACCAUUUCCUUGGAGCAUCAUACCGUUCCUGACAAGAUGAAGGAAGCCCUUGUUAGACCUGUUCUCAAGAAGUCAUCUCUGGACCAUGAGCUGUUAAAGAACUAUCGACCCAUCUCAAAUUUACCAUUUAUCACUAAAUGCUGUGAAAAAGUUGUUGCUCGUCAAUUGAAUCAGUAUCUUAAUGCCAAUCAUCUGAAUGAACCUUUUCAGUCAGCUUAUAAAUGCUUUCAUAGUACUGAAACAGCCUUAGUCAGAGUUCAGAAUGACAUUUUGCGAUCUAUAGAUGAAGACUACUGUUUCUACUUUUGGACUUGUCGGCUGCCUUCGWCACCGUUGAUCACCAAAUACUCUUGGGACGUCUUUCAAACUGCUUUGGAAUCAGCAGUAAGGCCCUCGCUUGGUUCAAGUCAUAUCUCCAUAAUCGCACACAGUUUGUCAACAUUGAAGGGAGCCGGUCGUUAA